GGAGCAAAUGAAAAAAAGCAGCCAUGAAGACAAAACCAUUGAGUCAGCCAUGAUCUUUGACCAACAAACCAAUGAUCAUUUUCCAAACCAAUUCAUUUGGCCAAAAGAUCAUCUUUCUCAAACUUCUACUGAGAAGUUGAAUGAAAAGGUAAUAGACCUGCAAGGGUUCUUAAGUCAUGAUAAGGAGGCCACAUUGCAUGCAGCCAACCUUGUGAAGGAAUCAUGCAUUAGCCAUGGCUUUUUUCAAGUGGUUAACCAUGGUGUUGACCUUGAUAUGCUUGCUUUAGUCCAAGAGCAUGGUCAUGCUUUCUUUAAGCUUCCGUUAACCGAGAAACUAAAGUGCAAGCAGAAAGAGGGAAGCGUUGUCGGUUUCGCUAGCGGGCAUGCUCAGCGGUUCCGCGAAAAAUUGCCUUGGAAGGAAUUGUUAACUUUUGAGUAUCAUGAGAAUGGCCCUGAUGAAGUUGUUGCGGAGUUUUUCAAUGCAAUGGGAACUCAAUACAAAGAAACCGGCUUAAUCUUCCAGAAAUUCUGUCGGACAAUGAAUAAGUUAGCUCUUGACCUUCUUGAUUUACUGGAGAUUAGCUUGGGCGUUGACGGACAUAACCAUAACUACUACAGAAAACUAUAUGAUGAUGCUGUGUCAAUAGUGAGAUGUAACCACUACCCGCAGUGUAACAAGCCCGACCUGACUUUUGGAGUCGGACCACAUUGUGAUCCAACUACAUUGACCAUACUUUAUCAAGAUCUAGUUGGAGGACUAGAAGUGUUUGUGGAUAACAAAUGGAAAUCCGUUCAACCCCAUCGUGAUGCCCUUGUCAUCAACAUAGGUGACACUUUCACGGCAUUAUCAAAUGGGAAGUACAAGAGCUGCCUGCAUAGGGUAAGUGUGAACAGUUUGUCCCCAAGGCUGUCGCUGGUGUUCUUCUUGUGCCCAAAAGGAGAUAGAGAGCUGAAAGCACCUCAAGAGUUAGUCGAAAAAGAUGGGAAAAAGGAGUAUCCUGAUUUCACAUGGGGAGAGUUUCUUCAGUUCACUCAAAAGAAUCACAGGGCUGAUGAAAACACCCUUCAAUUGUUUACCAAGUGGCUGCUAACUUCAAAAAAUCACAAUGCGUAGACAGCUAGGGGUGGCAAUAAGUAACUAUUAUGAAAGUCUAGUUACAA